CAAACAUAAGAGCAAACGGCCAGACGCCAGGCCCCCUUCCCACUUCCAACAUCUGUAUCACGUCUCUUCACGUCAAAGGGCUCCCGGCUUUGGUACCAUGAUUGCCUUCCGGGUUGGCCUGAGAACGGCCUCAAGGGCGACCUUCAGGACGACCUCCAACACCACACGGUCUCGUCCCUUCUCAAACACCCCGCUCAAACAAGCCCGGCGAUAUCGUCCUUUCGAUAGCCCUCCACAAUACCCCAGAAUCACAGCCGAGGCGGCGGAUGGCGGCGCCCAGCAGCAGAAAUGGAGCAGAAUUGCUCCGGUCUACAGAGCUCAAUAUAUCUGGAGAAACUAUCGAGGAGUGGUUAUGACCAUCGGUGCGGGCGGCGUUGUCUUCUACGUGUACAAUCUGGAGAAAGUACCGGUUACAAAUCGUCGACGAUUCAACAUCUUCUCCCCUGAGGCCGAAAAGGAAGUUGCAGGAUCGUCAAAUGAGUACAAACAGCAGCUCGAAGAAUACAGGGGCAAAAUCCUGCCUCCAAACCACCAAAAGGUCAAGAUUGUCACCCGUGUGGUCAACCGACUAUUACCCACAACCGGUGGUCUGGCCGGCGAUGACUGGGAAAUCAAUGUUAUUGAUGCGCCAGAGAUACAGAACGCCUUCGUCAUGCCUGGAGGCAAGGUCUUCGUGUUCACGGGAAUAUUAGCAAUCUGCCAGAACGAAGACGGUGUAGCCACUGUUCUCGGCCACGAGAUCGCUCAUAACGUUGCCCACCACGUCGCGGAGCGGAUAUCGGGCCAAAUAUGGGCAUAUGCUUUCGCAUUCGGCGUUUCCCUUUUCUUCGACUGGAGUGGAGGCCUCUCAAACCAGAUCGCGCAACUCCUUCUUUCUCUGCCCAACUCAAGGACUCAAGAGGAAGAAGCCGACCACAUCGGCCUGUUGAUGAUGGCAGAAGCCUGUUACGAUCCCCGACAAGCAGUCGCCUUCUGGGAGAGGAUGGCCAAGGCCGAGAAAGUCACUCAGCUGGAAUUCCUCUCCACCCAUCCCAGCACAUACAACCGUAUCGACCAUAUCAAACAAUGGCUACCACAAGCUCUGGACAGGUACAAUGAAAAAGACUGUAGCAUAACGAGCCAGUAUGCGAAGGACUUUACAGGAGCUCUAGGGCGACAAAUCCAGGAGGCACCAGACGAGUUUGCAGCUGAGUUCAACUCGGUUACAUCAAGUCUCAUGCAGACCAUCCGACCUUUCUAUACGAACCUAGCCGUCACAACAGCCAGAUUUAUGAAUAUCUUGCCAAGUCCCGCAGAUGCGACCUCUGGCAGAAAGGCAGGCUAGCACGAAUUUCGGUCAUGGUGUGUCUCUGGAGCUGUCCUGACAUACUUGUACAACUAUCUCUUGCCUUAUCACCUGGCCUU